CUCGGCAGCCGCCGCCGCGCACCCGGCGGUGUCAGUGCCACGGUGUCCGCCGGGGAGCGAAAGGCAGCGCCGGCGCCCGCCCGCCCGAUCCCCGCGGCCAGGCCCCCGCAUGCAGCCCUCACCCUGGAGCGGCGGCGGCGGCGGAUCGAGGAGCUCUCGAGGUCCUCCCGGCAGCGGCUGCUGCAGUCGCGGGACAGGAUGUUCUCCAAGUUCACCUCCAUCCUGCAGCACGCCGUGGAGGCGCUCGCACCUUCCCUCCCAUUACAAGAAGACUUUGUUUACCACUGGAAAGCAAUCACCCAUUACUACAUAGAAACCUCAGAUGACAAAGCUCCUGUGACUGAUACCAACAUUCCAUCUCACCUGGAACAGAUGUUGGAUAUUCUAGUUCAAGAAGAAAAUGAGAGGGAAUCAGGCGAAACAGGACCAUGUAUGGAAUAUUUGCUACAUCACAAGAUUUUGGAGACACUYUACACACUAGGAAAAGCUGAUUGUCCUCCAGGAAUGAAACAGCAAGUCCUGGCUUUUUAUACAAAACUUCUUGGAAGAAUACGGCAACCUCUUCUUCCCCACAUAAAUGUGCAUAGGCCGGUGCAGAAAUUAAUCAGGUUGUGUGGUGAAGUUCUGGCAACACCAACAGAAAAUGAAGAAAUUCAGUUUCUAUGUAUAGUAUGUGCAAAGCUGAAACAGGAUCCAUACCUGGUCAACUUCUUCCUUGAGAAUAAGUUAAAAGCGAUGGCCUUCCAAGGAUCAGCAAGUGUAAUCACAGAAGACAUGAURAAAGACCAAGACUCGGUGACAACAGACACGGGGCAGCCUGUCCAGCCUGAGGAAAUGCUCGGUGCUGCCGGAGCRGAGCACAUGGAGAAGGAGGAUGAGCUCCCACAACAGGCUGAUGAUCUCUCUUUCAGUCUGGAUGAGCUCAAUGUCACAUCAGCACCUGAGUCUUCCACCGCUGGUCCAAAUCAAGACUAUAAUUUAGUGAAUUCUCUACUAAACCUCACUAAAAGUCCUGACGGCCGGAUAGCAGUGAAGGCCUGUGAAGGCCUCAUGCUUUUGGUGAGUUUGCCAGAACCAGCAGCUGCCAAGUGCCUGACUCAAAGCACUUGUUUAUGUGAAUUGUUGACAGACAGGCUGGCCACCCUCUACAAAGCCUUGCCUCAGUCACUGGAUCCCUUAGACAUUGAAACAGUGGAGGCAAUUAACUGGGGUUUGGAUUCCUAUAGUCACAAAGAAGAUGCAUCUGCUUUUCCAGGAAAAAGAGCAUUGAUUUCAUUUCUUUCUUGGUUUGACUACUGUGAUCAACUCAUCAAAGAAGCACAAAAGACGACUGCUGUUGCUAUGGCAAAAGCUGUGCGGGAACGAUUCUUCAUUGAUGUUAUGGAACCUCAGCUGAUGCAAACUUCAGAGAUCGGAAUCCUCACAUCAACUGCACUAUUGCACCGCAUUGUUCGUCAGGUGACUUCGGAUGUCCUGCUGCAGGAAYUGGUGUAUUUUAUACUUGGGGAGCAGAGGGAGCCAGAGACACUGACAGACAUCAACAGGCAUCCAUUGCGACACAGGUUGAUCGAGCACUGUGAUCACAUUUCUGAUGAGAUCAGCAUMAUGACUUUACGAAUGUUUGAGCACCUUUUGCAAAAACCCAAUGAGCACAUUCUUUAUAAUUUGGUUCUGAGAAAUCUGGAAGAAAGAAACUAUAUGGAAUACAAGCCUCUCUGUCAAGAAGAUAAAGAUGUGGUAGAGAACGGACAGAUUGCUGGAGCAGUAGAUCUGGAGGAAGAUCCAUUAUUUACUGAUCUGUCUCCAGAUAACACAUUGUCAGCUCAGGAGUGGCUCAGUGCUUCUCCACCUGUCAGUCCAGAACAUCCGAAAAACGAUGGGAAGACUGAAGUUCAUAAAAUUGUAAAUAGUUUUCUCUGUCUUGUACCUGAUGAAGCAAAGUCAUCAUACCAUGUGGAGGGUACAGGUUAUGAUACUUACCUCAGAGAUGCCCACAGACAAUUCCGGGAUUAUUGUGUCAUUUGCUUACGGUGGGAGUGGCCUGGAUCUCCCAGAUCUUUGGAAAAGUGCAAUUUAGAAGCGUCAUUUUUUGAAGGACACUUCUUGAAAGUCCUGUUUGAAAGAAUGGGCAGGAUUCUUGAUCAGCCCUAUGAUGUAAAUUUACAAGUUACAUCAGUGUUGUCCAAACUGUCCCUGUUUCCCCAUCCUCAUAUACACGAAUACCUUUUGGAUCCCUAUGUCAACCUUGCCUCUGGUUGCAAGUCUCUCUUCUCUGUGAUUGUCAGGGUCGUCGGGGACCUCAUGGUCAGAAUCCAGCGCAUCCCAGAYUUCACUCCCAAACUUCUGCUGGUCAGAAAACGCCUGCUGGGCUUGGAGCCGGAAGGGCCCAUCAUUGACCACAUGACGUUACUAGAGGGCGUGAUUGUGCUGGAAGAGUUCUGCAAGGAGCUGGCAGCGAUUGCCUUUGUGAAGUACCACACCUCAGCCACACCCUGAGCAGCCCCGGGGCUGAGGCACCCCUGGCUCGGGGCUGCGCUCAGCCAGAAGGCAACACCCGCAGAGAAGGUGGUGCCUCCUGGCAAAACAGCAGGGGAUGUUUGGAAGACAAGUUCCUUUCACCAGAUGUUGAGAUUGCAAAUGGACUUGGARUAUGUGCAAAAGCAUUUGGGGAGAAACCAAUACACAGCAUUUCUAGCACUGUGUGAAGAGCUGCAAAARCUGCGUGAAGAACUACAGACAUCAGACCUUGGUUAUUCUGAUGACAAUGUUUAGAGAGUUUGGGCUCUUGUAUGUUCUGGGGCUCACAUGCACCAAUUUGCYCUUUGUGACCAUAUUACUUUUAAAAAAGCAGAUUAAUUUUAUAACAUUCUUAUGUCUUAAUUAUUUUUCUUUACAGCUGGAUUUAUGAAAGAAAAACACACCUAUAGUUGCAAUAUAGGUUAUUAAAAAUUAGGACAUUCAAAAAAUCCACUAAUCCAUAUACAAUAYAAUAUGUUAAUGAGGGAUCAUUUUGGUUUUGGUAGAUCUUAAGUACAGCUCCAGGCUUGGUUCCUCAGUGGAUUGCUCCAAGAAAUACAUCAGUCUGAAAUCAAUACUAAAGAAAUUAAUCCUGAUUCGGCACCAYAUCCAUAACAAAUAUAUCUGAAGUGUACAUGUUUGUAUCAUGUUUGUCUCUGUCAUUCCAAGUGAUUUAUCUCCAGGUCAUCUGUGUAACUAGAUUUGCUUUAGGUUUUUACAGGGGAACUCUAGUUGUUUGACUCAUGUCACCCUUACAUUAUAGGUUAAUUAUAGGUCAUCAGUARUUGCUGCUGAAACAGUAUUUUUCUUUUAGAUUGGUAUUAGUCUGAAUUGGUUUAAGAAUCUUUUGUGCCUUGAAAAUCAGAAGCAUAAACAUUCUGUUAUUUUGAGAGAUAUUUUUAUUGCUUGUCUAACUAUCACACUGAUGCCAAUUCAGUUAAAGCAUUGAUAACUUAUACAGGACCAAAACUGGCACCUGCUUUUCUCAGUGCUGGGGUGCAGGAAUGCCUUUCAGUGACUCCUUUUCCAUGUGAAUGCCAUCAGCCAGGGCAGGKGUUGGCAUUGCAAGCACCACUGCAGGUUCUGCCCUUCAGAGAGUCCUCAAUGCCUUCACCCUGUGCAUGGCAGGGACUGUGCUGGACCCUUCAGUCACAACCAGUGACAUGUCCUGCUCUCCACACUCGUGGGUAGGACCUCUAUCCCCUCCUUUGAACAAGGCAAGGUAGAGCUCAGCUCCUUCAGUUUACAUUGUGUUUCUUUGUUUGUCUUUCCUGYCCCCCUUUUUGCACAGCUAAUGCCCAUUCAGAUGUCAUUGCUCAUAUGCAAACAUGGACUCAUGAAUU